AUGUCAGUUUUGCGACAGAAAUUGCUAACCGAUUUCUACCAUUCAUCAGAAAAGUGUUACAAAUCAGAUGUUAUGCCUUCAUCAAAUAUAAGUUAUGAAUCGGACCCAAACAGUGAAAGUGAAGGAUUUUCCAAACCUUUAUCACUGACUAAAAAUUGUCCAUCAUCGGUAUUACCCACUACAGCUAGUAGUUCUAAAGUUAUUCGCACAGUUAUCGUAUCUGGAAAAGAGAAUAAGAAGAGACGAAGAAUGCUAGCAGAUGAUCCAAAGCAGAUGAUUCUCGAUGCAGGACAAAAACAGUUCGGUCAUCAGCAAUGCAAGAAGUGUGGUAUGGUGUAUGAUUGCGAUUCGUUAUCCGAUCGAAAGCAGCAUCAGGAAUUUCACAGUCGUUUCUUAUCAACCAGAUGGUUUCGUGUGCAGACCGCACAAGUAGAUAUUUGGAAACGGACUGUUUUUUGCAUUGUUGAACAAUUCGAAGGAAAUUAUAGUCACAUAUUUUGCAUUACGCAAACAUCAAAAUGUACUCUGAAAACACGUGUUGAUAAGGUUAUAUUGGAAUGCAUCAACAGAGAAUUAGGUUAUGCGCCAGAUUUAGCACAGGUCUGGACAUCGGAUGGCAGAAGACAAGCUUGGGUAUACAUUACAGCUUCAGACAGCUAUUACUUUAUUGGUGCUGUGGUUUUGGUUGAAAAGAUAUUUAAAGGACAGCUGCAAUAUGCAGAGGAAAGCUGUGGAAGUAAUGAUGUAGUAUCAACAGGCAGUGAUGUAUAUAUGGGUGUUAAUCGAAUGUGGGUACAUCAAACUUUAAGACGUAAAGGUAUUGCAGCACUUUUGCUAGAUCAUGCACGAAUGCAUUUCAUCAGUUCCGAUUCUGUGCCACGUGAAAUGAUUGCAUUUAAUAGUUUAACUGAUACUGGUUUUGCGUUUGCUAAAAAUUAUAUACCUGGAGGAAAGGUGCUUCUUUACAGUUUGAAUCCUGAAACUUGUCAUUGA